GAGAGUGCUCAGAUGAUCAAAGAAGUGGAAGUGGAUAAAGUGAGAGUGCUGGAAACAAAACAAGUUGAAGCAAUCAAGAAACUCUGGGAAGACCCAGGAAUUCAAGAGUGCUAUGACAGACGAAGGGAGUACCAGCUCUCAGACUCUGCUAAGUAUUAUCUUACUGACCUUGAUCGUAUUGCUAUGCCCUCAUUUGUGCCAACUCAGCAAGAUAUUCUUAGAGUCCGAGUGCCAACUACAGGAAUUAUCGAGUACCCUUUUGAUUUAGAAAAUAUUAUAUUUAGGAUGGUGGAUGUAGGUGGCCAAAGGUCAGAAAGAAGGAAGUGGAUCCAUUGUUUUGAAAGUGUUACUUCCAUCAUUUUCUUAGUUGCAUUAAGUGAAUAUGACCAAGUUUUGGCAGAAUGUGACAGUGAGAAUCGAAUGGAAGAAAGCAAGGCCUUAUUUAAAACUAUCAUUACAUAUCCCUGGUUUCUGAAUUCUUCAGUCAUUUUGUUCUUAAAUAAAAAAGACCUUCUAGAAGAGAAAAUCAUGUAUUCCCAUCUAAUUAGUUACUUUCCAGAAUACACAGGACCUAAACAAGAUGUCAAAGCUGCCAGAGACUUCAUUUUGAAGCUGUAUCAGGAUCAGAAUCCAGACAAGGAGAAAGUAAUCUAUUCCCACUUCACUUGUGCCACAGACACAGAAAAUAUUCGUUUCGUCUUUGCUGCUGUCAAGGACACAAUCCUGCAAUUAAACCUGAGGGAGUUCAACCUGGUUUAA